AUGCUCUCCUUGCGCCAACUUUCCCGCCAGCUGCCCCGCGGUCUUGCUCGCUUGAGCUCCACUGCUGCUCGCCAGUCUAUUCGCACCACUCAGCAAACUUCUCCCGCCUUUGCCGCCAUCAGAGCCGCUGCCCAUUUCUCCACCUCUCUGUCCCGUCGUCAAGGUGCGUCUUAUGCCACGACUCAGGAACUUGCUGCCAAGUUGAACUCCGAGAUUGCCCUCGAGAAGGAGCAGCAAGCCGACGACAGCUACCGCUACAACUGCCAAGAAUACAUCGACAACAGCGAAUUCAAGAUCGAGGACAAGUCAGGCCAAGAAGAGGUCCACCUCACGAGAUCAUACGGAGACGAGAACAUCAAGGUUACUUUCUCCAUCGCCGACUUCAACACCUACGACGAGGAAGCCGAUGCCGAAGACCCGGCUCUGUACGGCGACGAGGACGGUGCCCUCGACAUGGACGGUCAGUCCGGAGGUGCCAACACCAAGGGUGCCGUGAACCAGGGCCGCACGUCUGGCGGCAACAUCCGUGUCGCCCCCGAGGACGAGAUUGCCCCAGCCGACAGACCUGAGCUGCAAGAUGAGGAGGACAACUCGGCCAGCUUCCCUGUUCGUGUCCAGGUCACGGUAACACGUGAGGGCAAGGGAGCACUCGCCAUCGAGUGUCUCGCCCAGGACGGGGAGAUCAGCAUCGAGAAUGUCUACCACUUCCCCACUGCCGAGUUGGCCGAGGCCAAGACAGCCGAGAAGGAUUGGGCAAGAAGAAGCCUUUACACCGGACCUCCCUUCGGCCAGCUUGACGAGGACCUUCAGAUGCUCCUGGAGCGUUUCCUCGAGGAGAGAGGCAUCAACACACAGAUGGCCCUCUUUAUCCCCGAGUACAUUGACCUGAAGGAGCAGAAGGAGUACAUUGGGUGGUUGAACAACAUGAAGACUUUUGUCUCGUAAAGCGUGACUGGUGGGAAGACUCAGAUGUGUAUAUUAUGGAAAGAUCAAGAACAAGAAAGAUGUUGUAAGUGUGCUGCAAGAGGCGAAAAUAAUGAAAUCAGCUAUUCCACUCAAACCAUAGUUCAUCUAGCUGUGAGGACUAGCCCUUGCGAUGUGUUGUAGUAAAGUCUCAUGCUAUAGAGGCCUCGCGUACAAAGGAUGCGGAUCAGUACCUACUCGUAAGGGCCUGAAGGUUUCUACGCCAAGCAUGACGUGUGUGGGGAAACCCUGAAACAAUCGAAAACGUGGGGUCGUUCGAACCCUGGCCGUC